CACCUGCAGCGCGCUCGCGUUUGAAGUCGUGCUGCCCGGUUACAGCGCGGAGCGCGCAUCAACCCCGCACGCGCCGCGCUGGUUUAAGGGCGGAUCGGGAUUUUUUUGUUUAACGCGGCUUCACUGGAAUUCCGCGUCUGACCGGGAUUCUCCCGCUCAUCCUGGUUUUCUGGAACAGCUGGCGAGACGCGGUCAUUUACCGGGAUCAUUCCGUUCGUUUCGCGGCAUAAACGCCGGGCGCUUUUGUGUUGAUGCAAAUGAUGCGUCCGGUAAACGCGCGGCGGGGAGAGCGGCGCGUCCGUCGCUCGCGCUGAUGACAAAAGCGGACUCCGGCGAUCAGAGCGCGCGAUAGAAACAGAAAGAAGGAACGUUCACCGGGAAGGACAAUGUCUCUCAGCAGAAGCAUCGAGCUCGAGCACUUUGACGAGCGGGACAAGGCGCGCCGCUCCAAACGCGCCGCUGCCGGGGGGUCGGGCUCGCGCGCGAGCAGUCUGGUCCCGAGCCCCGCGCACAGCGCCAACUGCAGCAUCUACCGCACGCGCACGCUGCAGGCGCUCAGCUCCGAGAAGCGCGCCAAGAAGGUCCGCUUCUACCGGAACGGAGACCGCUACUUCAAGGGUCUGGUGUACGCGGUGUCCGGAGACCGCUUCCGGUCCCUGGACGCGCUGCUGGCCGAGCUGACGCGCGCGCUCGCCGACAACCUGCACCUGCCGCAAGGUGUGCGCAACAUCUACAGCGCGGACGGCGCGAGGAGGAUCACGAGCCUCGAGGAUCUCGAGGAAGGCGAGAGUUAUGUCUGCGCCUCAAACGAGCCCUACAGGAAGGUGGACUACACCAAGAACAGCAACCCUAACUGGGGCUCACGGCUGGCGGGGGCGGGGCCCGGCGCGGGGGCGGGGCCUGGGGGCGGAGCUGGACGCACAGGGGGCGGAGCCGAGCGUCAGGGGCCUCAGCGCACACCUGGAGAGUCGAGGGAGGCCAAAGACUUCAUCAAACCCAAACUGGUGACGGUGAUCCGGAGCGGGGUGAAGCCCAGGAAGGCCGUGAGGAUCCUGCUGAAUAAGAAGACAGCACACUCGUUCGAUCAGGUGCUCGCAGACAUCACCGAAGCCAUCAAACUGGACUCCGGCGUCGUGAAGAGACUCUACACGCUGGACGGGAAACAGUUGACAAGUCUGCAGGAUUUCUUCGGUGAUGAUGAUGUUUUCAUUGCGUGUGGAUUGGAGAAGUUUCGUUACGCUCAGGAUGACGCUGCUAUCGGACACGCGGGGAAGGGUGCCGCGGCUGCGUUUGUCAAUGAGUGUAAGAAAUCACGGCCGUCUGUCCCACCCAAGAUGACCAAGAGCUCCGGAGUCCCGCGCUCAAAAUCACCUGUAUCAGCCAAUGAGGCUCCGAGGAGCGACUCUCCACCGAUGAGGUCAUCGCAGUCGCCCUGCAGCCCUGCAACUCAAUGCAGCCGGAAGACGUCCGAUCAUGAAGCGUCUUCAUCCCCGACCAGAGACCUCCACGAUGAGGAGGUCCUCAGUCCAGAGGUGAAUGGAAAUGAAGUUCAUUCGUCUGUCAUCACUGAGAAGUAUAAAGUGGGGAAGGUGAUCGGCGAUGGAAACUUCGCUGUGGUCCGAGAGUGUGUGGACAGGUCUACAGGACAGGAAUAUGCGCUGAAGAUCAUUGACAAGGCCAAGUGCAGCGGAAAGGAGCACCUGAUAGCCAAUGAGGUGGGGAUAUUGCGCAGGGUUCAUCACCCCAGCAUCAUCAUGCUAAUAGAGGAGCUGGACACGCCCACUGAACUGUACCUGGUGAUGGAGCUGGUGAAGGGCGGUGAUCUCUUUGAUGCCAUCACUUCCUCCACGAAGUACACAGAGCGAGACGCCAGUGCCAUGCUGUUCAACCUGACCGGAGCACUGCGAUACCUGCACAGAAUGAACAUCGUACACCGAGACAUCAAACCAGAGAACCUGCUGGUGUGUGAGUAUCCAGAUGGCACCAAGUCUCUGAAGCUGGGUGAUUUUGGGCUGGCGACAGAGGUAAAGGGACCGCUGUACACCGUCUGCGGGACGCCGACUUACGUCGCACCGGAGAUCAUCGCAGAGAGCGGGUACGGGCUGAAGGUGGACAUCUGGGCUGCGGGUGUGAUCACAUACAUCCUGCUGUGUGGCUUUCCUCCGUUCAGGAGCGAGAAGAACCUGCAGGAGGAGCUGUUUGAGCAGAUCUUACUGGGCAGACUGGAGUUUCCCUCGCCGUACUGGGACAACAUCAGCCUCUCGGCUAAAGAUUUAAUUGGUAAGAUGCUGCAAGUGAAUGUUGGUGCUCGCUACACGGCUGACGAGGUGCUGGAACACCCCUGGGUGCAGGACGAUGCUGUGAUGGACACGAACAUGGCGUGUGAGAUGGAAGAUGUUGUUGAAUCAGAACACACACACAACAACACAGCAGCAGAGGCCGAGGUGGAUCAUCAACAUGUAGAUGACCGCUGGGAGUAGUCCGAGGAAUCUCUCCGGAGGCGCAGAAGAAGAGAAACCCUGACCAACACCUCAAACCUCAACACCAGACCGGACCAGACCGGACCAGACCUUCUCUCAGCAUCUUCCGUCUAGUUCUUAGUAGCGUUGACCAAGUCAGCCAUAAAUAUCACUUCAUCUUCAUAUUUAAAUGUUAGCCUCUAGUAGAAACCUCUCGCACAUCCCACAGUCACACAGCAUCCAGGCCGUUUGUUUACAUGCACUCAGUCAAUCUGAAUGAAUCCAGUCCGAACUCCUGCCAUUUAGCUUUUAUAUGAACGCUAAACUCUGUAGUUCAUGUUCAUUUACGUGUAGGCUAUAUUUCUGUAUUCCAAACAACAGGCACCAAGCUCAGAACUGGAAAAAGCCACUUGUUAAUGUCACCAGAGCUAACAUGUUUUUUUUGCAAAUAUUUAGUAAAUACUCAUUCUCCUCCUCUGACCAGCUAACAAAAAUAUGUUUUAAGAACGUUUAAUAACUAAGUUAUAAAAAAAAAAAUUUUUUCGGAAUGUCUCUGAACAUUCCAAACUUCCCGAUUUUUAAAUGUUUUUUUUUUAAAAUAUCGGUUUUGCAACUAAUAAUUAUAGAAACGUUACUUUUGAAUGUUCUCUGAGCGUUCCGAAACAAGUAACAUUUUAAAAACGUAAGAUAAACAUCAAAUAAAAAUAAAUAAAAAUAAAAUUCCAGCAACAGAUUAGAGCCUAAUAAAUGUUUCGAAACGUUUUUCUUGGUUCUAUUUUAUCAUUUUGAAAACAUUACGGCAGUGUUACUUUUAAAUGUGCUCUGAACAUUCCAAAACUGGUAACAUUUUAAAAACGUAAGAUAAACGUCAAACAAAACAAAAAAAGUUCCAGGAACGCAUUAUAGCCUCAAUAAUGUUCUGGUGGAAAAGUUUUGUAGGUUUUUUUUUAAUGACCAGAGAACUUUGAGUGCACAUUCUAUUAAUGUUAUACUGGAAGAACAUUCAGAAGCUUGCGAGAACCUUAACCGAAGUUCUGAAAACGUUCAGAGUUCAUUCGAUUGCAGGAGGUCAAUAAAUAAGCACGUUCGGAAAACGUAUGUAAACAGAGAUUUCUCUUUUGAAUCCGUUCAAUAAAGUAAUAGCAGAUCGAAAUCGAAAAGGGAGGUAUGAUAAUAACCGGAUUGAUUGAGUGCAUGUGAACAUAUUCUUCAGAUAAUGUAAGAAUCUCGUCCUAAACCGUUCUGGUCUGUGUUUGUACGCAGGGCUUCAACUCAACCAGCGACCUCGACUUUGACCGCACUGUGUCCUGCUCCUCUUCUCUCUCUCUGUACAUAUCUGUGUCGAUGUUUGUGUCUGAUCAGAUGCAUCAUUAGAGUCUCAUUUCAGACAUUGACGUCAUGAUUAAGUCACCUGUAUGCAUUUAAAAGCGCGCGACUGUCUGGAACUGAAUGAGAAUGAGACGUUUCAAUUGUGUUGCUGGAUGUUUCUUUACGUCUGAUUUGUGUGAACAUCUGUGUUACGAGCCUGCUGUAGUGUUAUGACUUCGCUUUACACCAAAACUUCGGCCUUUACUGAUUGUCUGUGUGUUUAUAUCCAUGAAAUGCCUCUGUUGGUAAGAACUGUUCAUUUAAUUUGACUUGAACGGUCGCUUGUGGAAUCAACGGUAUUAACUUUUGUACGGUGGCUGUUCGGGGCCUAAAGCUCCUCGUAAUUAUUCUAAUUAUGGAUUUAGUUCAUGUUUUGGUUUGUAUUGCAACAAUACAUCAUUAUUAGUAGCUGAA